ACUACCGCUCCCAGGGAGCCGCGGGUCGGGUCGGGCCGUGCCGCGGCGGGAGCGGGCCCUGCCCGGCGGGGCGCAGCAUGGAGAGCCCGGCGGUGACCUUCACGCUGGCCUACCUGGUGUUCGCCGUCUGCUUCGUCUUCCCCCCCGACGAGGUGCGCUCGGCCGGGCUGACGGUGCAGAGCCUGCUGGCCGCCUGGCUGGGCAGCGAGGACGCGGCCUUCGUGCAGUAUCACCUGCGGCGCAGCACCGGCACGCUGCUGGCCCACUCCCUCCUGCCCCUGGGUUAUUACCUUGGUAUGUGCUUUGCUGCACCUGAAAAGCAUCUUUGUUUUUUCUACCUGGCUUCAAAAGGAUGGAAAACUUUCUUCUUCUUCGCUGUUCUCUUGCCAGCAGUCACAAGUGCCCUGGCAUAUUACUGGUCACGGAAAGGUUGGAAUAAUCAUCCGUUAGCCCGAACGCUUGCUCUUCAUGCUCUCCCGCAGUCGGGUUGGAGGGCAGUAGCUUCUUCCAUCAACAUGGAAUUUAGGAGAAUCGACAAAUUUGCUACCGGAGCCCCAGGAGCAAGGGUGAUUGUUACGGACACGUGGGUGAUUAAAGUGACCACCUACUGUUUACAUGUUGCCCAGCAGCAGGACAUUCAUUUGACGGUGACAGACUCCAGACAGCAUGAACUCACCCCAGACUCGAAUGUUCCUGUGCAGUUCCUCACCAUCCGUGUUGCCAGUAUUAAUCCCUAUGUAAAGGCAUUUGAUAUCCGGUUGAACUCCACAGAGUAUGGGGAGCUCCGAGAAAAGCUCCGUGCUCCCAUCAGCAAUGCAGCUAAUGUUGUGAUCCAUCAAAGCCUUAGUGAUUUAUUUCUAGAAACCUUUACAUCUCUGGUGGAAAUUAACCAGACAUACUCUGUUCCAAGCACUCAGGAGCUGGAGCCGUGCAUAGGGUGUAUGCAGACUAUCGCUAACAUCAAGCUCAUCAAGAACUGCCAGGAGCCAAACGAAGGGGAGUGCCAGCAAUGCUACUGUCGUCCCAUGUGGUGCCUCACCUGCAUGGGCAAAUGGUUUGCCAGCCGACAGGAUCAGCAGCACCCAGAGACCUGGCUCUCAAGCCAAGUGCCUUGUCCAACUUGCCGAGCCAAAUUUUGCAUUUUAGAUGUUUGCAUAAUACGAUGAAUAACACUUGGGUAUGUUUUAACUUUUUAAAUUUGAGUGUAUUUCGUAAUGGGUUUGGUUAAAAGGUCUGCUCAAUUCGUUUGAGACUUCACGUUCUACAGGGGUGCAAAAUCCAAAGCUUUCUUUUACAGUGUUGAAAACAGAUGUAAAUCUUUUCAGUUCCUGCCCACUUUUACUAGUAUCUUUGGCGUCUAUUCACCAGAUGUCAGUUUCUGGAUUAUUAUUUUUUAAUACAUAUUGUGCUGUCCUAUGUCUUGAAUGGAAUAAGUGUAUCCCUCUCUAUUUGCAGUACUAUUCUCUUUUCAAGUUUUAACGUAGGUUAAAUUUUUAAAUUUAACUUGGGUUUUGAUUCUUGAGUAAAGGGCUAACUAAGAAAAUGACUUUGAUUAGACUUCAUUGAUACUUUUGCUCUUCUUUAAUCCAUUUGUAAAUUUCUUACUAAUCUUUGCAAGUGUUCACCAAAAAGUAGACCAGUUGUGUUCCUUCUGCUGAUCCCUUCCACUUAGAAAUGGGAUCAGUUUCUGUAGGCUAAGGAAUUUAAUACUGAAGAUGUACAACUCCCAUAGGGACCUUUUAUUCCAUUAAUCUGCCUUUAGCUUAUUUUUUUUAUGGAUGUAUUUAUUUCAAACAACAGAAGGAUUCAGAAACAUACCCCAUUUACCUACACUGCUGAUGCUAUGCAUCAUUAAAUCUGUUGGGUUUCCAGGACCUAUGUUGCUUAGGGUUUCGAUGUUCUUUAGGUGCUGGAUUAUUUUUUAUACAUUUGAAAGGAGUGCAGCAAGCAUGUGAACUGUCUAAAUACUCUGCAAGAAUGCUCAGCCAUUUCAAAGCCUGUGAGCGUUUUCUGAGGGGUAACCUUUCCCCUGACAGAGAUGCCAGUAUCACAGAGGUACAAGUUGCCAUGUUAGAAUGACCAUCAUUAAUGAAAGUUCUUCAGGCUUGUGAUUCGAAGACUGAUCAUAAGCAGUAUUUGCUCUUUUAAUAUUCAUAGGGUAUUGAUGCACACUUCUUGACCUCAUCUGCAUCAGAAUGAUUUGUAAAUUAAAAUCAAAGCAUUUUCCAUACAUUUAAGAGACCUAAGUGUAGUGCUUAGUUUUCUAGGUGUCCAUGACACCCUACAAUGGACGAUUAUUUGGCCUACUGCCUGGUGGAAAGCCUUGAGCUGCUGGAGAACGUAUGUUUGGGUUCUUACACUGACCUGUGCAAUGCAGGUGCUGAGAUGUGGGUAUUUGCCUGCUUGGGUUGUCCAUCUUUAGAGGGGUAUUAACCCCAGGCAGACAGGUGGGUCAAAUAAGGAGAGAAAGGAAGAUUGUAAUGCUUUGAUGUAGGAGAAUAAAAGCUCUAAUGCCUCCCACCUGUAUGAUCAGAAGGAUCUUAUCAGUAAAUCACUUGCAUAGAUGACAUGCCAAUGGUUAACUGAAAAUGUCUUGAUUACCAUGACAGGCAGAACUGCUUUGAGACAGAAUAGGUGGCAGGAUGUUAAAACCAGUAAAAUACUGGAAUCACAACCAUGAAAGAUUCCACUAGUCUCAGCCUAGCUACAGGUUGAGUGGUGAAAGCACCGAACUGCACUUAGAGCCAGCCAGCCAGCCAGGAAAUGGUUACGAAUGUCACUGCAAGCUGUAUUUUGGAGAGGGAUAUGGAACUAAGAACAGAUUUGACAGCAUUAUUUGAGAACUAACAUAUAUGCUACAUUGUUGGUGUUGGGUUAUUUGUUUGGGCUUUUUUAAUAACAUGCACUUACUAAAGUCCAAACCAUUUGGACAAAAGUCCAAAUUGCUUGAGCAUAUCUCAGUUGUUACGUAUACAACAUUUACUAUGCAAUUAUCUGUACUACCUAUUAAUAAGGGUGAUUAUUCUGUUUUUCGUUACCUAUUGUCUCUUUCCCGAAGAGAUCUUAAGUGGCCUGUCCCUCUUCAUCUGAAUAGGAUUAAAUUGAGUUCAUGAGUUUCAGUCAGAUUUGUUGACAAGUCUGAAAAUUAAUAAAAAUUCAAGGAGCUGAUCAGUGAUUGAAUUUAAAAUAUUUUCCAGUACUUCUGUGGGAAAGCUAUUUGGAUGUUUGAAAUGGUCUCUGCAGAGUUUUUUAACCUCUGGAAGAUUCUUACAGGGCUGGGUGGUGUCAUCUGACAUGCACCUCCUCAUUACACAGCAGCCUUUACAAAUAAGCAUUUUGUACCAUUUACUUCUGGGAAGUUUACAUAAUGUGGCACAGAUACAAGGGAUGUGGUCCCUGAAAUAGUUGCAGAAGAGAGGGUAGGAUUUUGGAGUUGUGGUUUUGCUACUGACAGUCAUUCAACUCUUUUCCUGUUGUGAAUAAAAAUAUUUAUUGUAAAGAUGUGUGAAGUUAAAAUCCUAAAGGCCUUGAGAAACUUAGGUAAUAGAUACAUGUAGUUGCAAAUGGUUUUAUACAAGAAAAACAGGUCAGUUGCCAGUAGUAUCUCAUGUAAUAAGAGCUUUAAUUUCCUAACUGCUUGUGCAGUGGGGUUGUUAUUUAUCUACUUGGAAUUGAUUGGAAGCUUUCAUUUCAGUGGAACUUUGCUGUUAUUCAUCUUACUUCUUUUGUCAAUAAAACAGUAUGACAAAGUAACAGUUAUAAAUGUAGAAUAGUUUUGCAUCUUUUAAUGGUAGUGCUCUAUGCACAGAAGUGCCUCUUAGAAAACUUAGUAAUAAUUACCAAAAUAAAAUUAUGAUUUAUGUUAAUAAUAGUUUCUGGCUUAAAUUCCUUAAACAACCAUUUAUUUUCAAAGUUUAAAUUCUUAAAGUAAUCUGGCAUGCCUCCAAAGUUUGUAAGCUUCUUAAAGGCCGUGUUAGAGAAGCAACUUGUUAAAAAUCCGUAUGACAUAUUCUUACAGACAGCAGAAGGAGAAACCGUGACCUCUCCCUGCACAGUCAUUUGAUAUCUUCUUUGUCUUGAAUAAAUCACUGAACAUGAAAAUAAUAGAGUACAAAAAUAGGCAUUUGUCUUCGUGAUAGCUUCAGGUCAUCAUCCGAAGAACCGCGUUCACGUAUAGGGCUGUUUCUAGAGAAGAUCUCUGUUUGCAGUAGAAAGAAAUACAUUGCCUCCCACCCAACCUUGAUACGUUUCUUAAACAUAAGGGUAGGGCUUAGAAUCAGUCUUUUUACAGCACUUUACUUCGUUAAUUUUUUUUCUUAGAAAUGUGAUGCGCUAAAAUAUUUACUUAAAGAAUUUUCUUGAAUUAUUAGUGAUUUAGUGUUACUUUUUUCAGCUGUGUGUAUGCUUUUCCACAUCACUCAUUUCUGGGUAGGCAAUGUUAGUAAUCUGAGGUACAUUCUUUAAGUGUAACGUCAUUACAAUAAGACAAUCUAUAUGUGGGUGCACAGUGUCCGUGUAAAUACUCCAUAGGUAUGUAUGUGUGUACAACCCAAAUUUCCCUCUGUGCUGCAUCUGAAUAGUUGUUUCCGAAAACAUGGGCUGUGGCUAUAUGAUUUAUUUCCACGGCUGUGUUAUGUCUGUAAUUGUAGCAUUCCAGAAAAUAUUGGCAAAAUAUGUUAUCUGUUGAUAUUUUAGGUUAACAUAGUUUGCUAACCCAAAAAAGGCAUUUUAUCCAAGCAGGACAUAUUUUGAAUCCAUUAUAUGAAUGCAGUUGUUUACCAUGAGGCUCGCCAUUAGCUUGAAACCAAAAUACCAGGUUACUAUGUGAUCUCUUCAGUAUGAUUAUUUUUAUUGUGUUGAAACUUGGUAGACUGCAGCUGUGUACCAUUCUAGUCAGGCUAAACCUCCGUAAGACAUAACUGACUGAAGUUCUGAGUGCCAUUUCUUAAGAAAUGUUAACUUUGAGGUAUUUGAGGAGUUGAGAUAUAUUCAAGGUCUUACAUGUGUUACAAAACAUUUUCUUCCAAAGAUAUACCACAGGGUUUGUUAUUUGGUUUGUUGUUUUUGUUUGUUUUUUUUUUACCUAGGUGGCUUAACUAUUUUAAAACAGUAGUAUUUGGAUAGCCUUUAAGGAAAAGGCUUAAUGAAUACAUGUAGUUAAUCUUAAAACUCUUUGAAGAGCUGAAUAAAAAUACAGUUGAUUUUA